AUGGAAUACUUUCGCGUUCCUCCACGCUGGCUGCUGGUCAAACUCACCGACGAUAUUGGCGCGGUUGGUUGGGGCGAGGCUUCUCUUGAGGGCCACACGAAUGCGGUAGAAGGGUGUCUUGAUGCCUGGUUCGAGAGGUACAAGGGCUUAGACGCCGAGAACAUUGAACACAUUUGGCAGCUCUCUUGGCGAGGGAGCUUCUACCGCGGAGGGCCAGUAUUCAUGAGCGCAUUGUCAGGAAUUGAUAUUGCGUUGUGGGAUCUCAAAGCUAGAAAACUUGGAGUGCCAAUCUAUCACCUACUGGGUGGCAAGGUUAGGGAUAGAAUUCGAGUAUAUGCCUGGGUCGGUGGUGAUACACCUACUGACGUGCAAGCUCAGGCGCAAGCCCGCAAACAACAAGGAUUCAAGGCCGUCAAGAUGAAUGGCACGGGAGAUGCAGCGUGGCUGGACUCAAUGUCAGUCAUCGAUGAGGUUGUUGGUCGAGUCAAAGCUGUAAAAGCACUAGGGAUGGACGUGGGUAUUGACUUCCACGGGCGGGUUCACAAGCCUAUGGCUAAACGUCUGGCUAAGGCACUUGAACCACAUGAUCCGCUCUUCAUCGAGGAGCCUCUCCUGUCUGAACAUAUCGGUGGGAUUAAGCAGAUAUCAGAGUUGACGACCGUGUCAAUUGCCCUCGGGGAGCGACUGCAUAGUCGGUGGGACGUCAGGCCGUUUCUGGAGAAUGGCAGCGUGGAUAUCCUGCAACCAGAUAUAUGCCACAUCGGCGGGAUAUCAGAAAUGAAGCGAAUCGCAGCAAUGGCUGAGACAUAUGAUGUUGGUGUUGCUCCGCAUUGCCCUCUAGGUCCUAUUGCGCUUGCGGCGAAUGUGCAGGUCAACGCGACAAUGGCGAACUUUGCGAUCCAGGAGAUGGGGAUUGGUAUGCACUAUAACAUUACUGGGCAAGAUAUCACGAGCUAUAUUACGAAUCCGGAAGUGUGGACUGUGACCGAUGGACAUCUUGAUGUCUUAUCUGGCUCGGGGUUGGGGAUUGAGAUUAACGAGGAAGAGGUUAGGCAAUUGUCGAAGGAUGCGGAGGCUUGGCCUACUCCUGAGUUUCGAGGUCCUUGUGGGGAGCUGCGUGAGUGGUGA